UCGUGCAAUUUCAUAAUUCAAAUAAAAGAAAACAGAAAGUCUCCAGAACAGACACCAGAGGAGGCUGAACCCCGUAGAACCCUUUCCAAUAACCAGCGCUGAAGCUCGUGCAUUCUAAUACUGUUUCUGUCCCGUUGCUUACGCUGUAGGGCAAUCUAAGUAACUGGAAAAUAAUGGCAAAUCAAGGGGGAGGAGCAGCAGUUGCACAAAUACCCACAAGCUUUGGGCAUGAGCUCAGAGCCUGUCUUCGGUGCCGACUCGUCAAAACUUAUGACCAGUUUCGAGAUUCAGGCUGUGAAAAUUGCCCGUUCUUUCAGAUGGAGGAAGAUCACGAAAGAGUCGUCGACUGUACAACCCCCAAUUUCACUGGGAUAAUCUCAGUCAUGGAUCCAACUAGAAGUUGGGCUGCCCGCUGGCUCCGGAUUGGAAGAUUUGUUCCUGGUUGCUAUACACUUGCAGUCUCUGAAGCACUCCCUCAGGACUUGCAGAAUAUUUGUGAAGAAGAGCACGUGCCUUAUAUUCCACCGAAACGUGUUUGAGUGGCUAGUUGAAUGUUACUCCAGCUGAUGAGAUAGACUUGGUAUAUACAUUGAUGGUUGAAGGAGCCCUGUUGAGGCUUAAGCUAUGUAGUGGAGUUUCUCGACGUACUUAAGCUUUGAAUUAAGAAAGCUGUGCCCUUUAAAGCAUACUUCACUCAUUUAAUGGUUAUUAAGACAGAAUGGGCAAGUUUUUAGUUCCUCUCAA